AGUCUGUUGGUCAAGCAAGACUGCAUGGUGUUACAUGUCUAUUGUGCUAACCGUUACUCUACUACUAAAGGUAACUUCCUUUUGUGACUCUCAAGCUAACCAACUGAAGUGGCCGAAAGACAUUCUUACGACAGUAGACGCGCUUCCUGAUGAGGCUUCAGCAUGGAAUUACACGAUCGACCCGGAAUGGAAAACGAAGUGGACCACAAAUGUUUCUUCUUUCUUAGAAUAUUGCAAUGGAAGUUGUCAGUUAGAUGUAGAAAUCCUGGAGAAAUUUGUGAAGUCAUUAUUUAAAGUGAAAAAUGCAAUGGCAAAAUAUUUCCUCUCUGAACACUUUUCUGACAUCAUUGAUUCACAGGAGUUGGAGCUGCUUAGCCAUUCUUAUUCUCUUCUGUUUGAACAGUUAAUUAUACAAGGAGUGACAUCAGGUGAAUGGAAAGUUGGAGAACGACAACCUCAAGUUCUCUCUCUAGCUGUUAAUCUUCAUGCCGUUCAUGCUGUUGAUUGCUUAUUGAGGCAUAUCUAUCAUCAUCCUGAUGAAUACUUCUUUGAGUACGUGCAUGCUAUGCAUCAAUCUGUGAUGAAUCAGGAUUUACAGUUACUGAAUAUGCUAACAAGUCAAGUUGUGAAAGCAUCGUGUGUAGAGCGACUUGUCGAGUAUCUCGGUACCAUCUUAAAUGGAAGAUCAGUGCUGGAUAUUGCAGUUUUACAAUGUCAACGAACUACUCCAUCACAGUGUGUUGUGCUGUCAACGUUGGUAGGAAUAGUUAAGAAAUUUGAUACAAAUAGGGGUGAGACUGAAUACACCAAGCUAGUAGAAACUCUGGACAGUGAUUUGUCAUGCUCGAGUUAUCAGAUAGACAUGCCAGGUAGUCAGAGCUUGCUAUCUUGCUUGCAUUCUAUUGAAUUAAAGAAUGAAAGCCAAACUGAAGGAACAAUGAAUACAAAUUGGAUGGAAAUACUGAUGGCAACUAUGCAUGCAGCUACCAGAAAGGGAAGUGGAGGAUGGAGAAUAUCACAACAAUCAGGAAUAGAUUCACAUGGAUGUGAUCUUCCUGUUAUUUCAUUGAUUGACCUUGAACCAUCUCAUUUCAUCGACGAUUAUGUUAACUUGAGUCAGCCAAUUCUGAUCAAGAAUGCAACAGAACAAUGGCAUUUGAGAGAUAGACUUGAAAAGAGUCAAUUAUCAGCUGAUAAUGGUGAUGUUGAUGUUUUGGUGGGCCUUAUUCCAUACGGUGAAGUGUUCGGUGAACUCAAUGGAUAUGCCACAAUCAGUGAGUUUCUUAUCUACAUGGAUGAGCUUGGUGAGAACCAGACUUUGUCAUCCAAUAUGAGGACAGCACCUCUGUAUGUGUUUGAUAAUGAGAUAUUACAAGAAAAGUUUAUUGGAGAUUAUCAACUUCCAGAUAUUUUCUCACUUUGGAAUGACGUUCUUCAAGUGCAUCAGUUCAUUCUUGGACCAAGAGGAUCAGGAGCACCUUUCCAUUAUCACUGUCCAGCUGUAAAUGUUGUUUGCUAUGGUCGAAAGUAUUGGUUUCUAUAUCCACCUGGCCAAGCAAUCUACAGUAAAGUUCAUCCAUUUGAAUGGCUACAGAACUACAAACAAAAGGCACAAUACUCCUUGCUGCAUUGUGUACAGCAUCCAGGAGAUCUUCUGUUUGUACCUGCUGGCUGGACACACAGUGUACUCAAUUUAGAUGAAGUGGUAGGAAUGGCUGUAGAAUUUGACACAGGCAACUGCUAGCAACAAAUGGACUGAUAAAAUUUCUAUUCAGUGAAUGUAUAUUCGUGUAGGUAGUUACUAAGUAACUUAAUGUCCAACACAAGAAAGCAAAACAGUGCAAAUUCAUUUGUUGCUGUAGUUCCACCUACUAGUCAAUGAUUUCUCAAUAUGGAGGCUCACAAUUUGCCUACAGAUUGCCACAAACCAUCCGCUAGAGAAUAUGUUGAAUGCUCAAUA